GGCGUCUCCGCGCGAGAGGAAGGGAGCGGCGAGUCCCUUCGCGCGUCCGUCAUGUCCAUCUCCAUGGCAGACUUCGACGACCCGUCGUUCGACGUCAAGCCGUGGGUGAACGCCGCGUGCGCGGGGUGCCCGGACGACGAGAGCGUGGAGAAGUUCCUCGCGGAAGUCGAGAUGAAGCUCCAGCUCGCGGCGGAGGACAUCUCUCUCGCGCUCGAGGAGCAGUCGAACGCGGGGCUGAACCGGAUCCCUCGCGCGGUCGCGGAGAUCGACCGCGUGGAGCACGACACGAAAGCGCUCCAGACGCGCGUGCAGGGCAUCCUGAAGCGCCUGAACGACGCGGAGGGGAGCUCGCGCGAGAGCGUGCGCAGGCUGACGCGCGUGGACGCGGUGAAGGGCCGCAUGGAGGCGGCGAGGGACACGCUGCGAGAAGCCGCGGGGCUCGCCGAGCUGAUGGCGUCCGUGGAGGACGUCUUCGCGGCGGGGAACGUGCGGUCGAUGGCGGACGUGCUCGCGUCCAUGCGUCGCGCGCUUAAAGUCGUCGGCGGCGUCCCGGAGUUUCAAGACGCGCCGGAGAAGGUGGACGCGUUGGAGCGACGUCUGGAGCAGAUUUUGAAACCGGAGCUCGUCAAGGCGCUGACCGCGUCGGACGCGAUCAAAGCGGAGGAGAUCAGGGACGUGCUCAAGAUCACCGGUCGCCUGAACGCGCUCACCGCGACGUACGCGGAGACGAGGGUGGUGGCGCCGAUGCUGCGCGAGUGGAACGCGUUUCACGCGGACGGCGUGGAGGACGAAUCGCGCGCGACGCCGCCCUCCGCCGCGGACGUGCGACGCUUCGUCGAGUGGCUCCCCGGCUACGCGCGCAAGCUUCACGACCGCCUCCAACGCGAGCUGCAGUGGACGCGGACCGCGUUCCCGAAAGAGCACGGCGCGCUCGUGAGCUCCGCGUGGAUCGCGCUGAGCCGGCGCGUGAACAAAGCGUUCGCGCUGCGGAUGUCGUCGAAUAAACUCGAGACGUUCAUCGCCGCGCACGCCGCCGCGGGGGAGGGCUUCGCGCGCUGCGCGACGCUCCUCGCGGACGUCUCCGGCGUCGAGGCCAGCGGCGCGGCCCUGAUCGCGUCGCUCGCGCCGUUCGACGCGGUGCACGCGCGGUACGGCGAGCUCGAGACGAAGACGAUCGCCGACGCCGUCGACGCCGCGCGGGCGACGCCGGAGAGCGACGACAUCGACGCCGUCGUCGCGGCGUUCAAGGCGUCCACGGCCGCGGCGAUGGAGGCGCUCGCGGAGCCGAGGAUCAGGUGCAUCGCGCUCACCGCGGGGGCGUCGUUCCCCGCGCUGUUGACCGCCGUCGACGCCGGGCUCGCGCGGCAUCUCACCGGGAUGAUGCGCGCGCUGAGGAAGCUGCGACGAGCGACCGGCCCCGGGGCGGGGGGCAGCCCCGGGACCGGCGGCGGCGACGUCUUCGACGCGGGCGCGGGGCGGGAGGCGUUCAAGGCGGCGCCGGGGGAGGAGAGCGUGAUCUCGUCGCUCGAGCUCGCCACCGUCGCGGCGGCGGCGGCGACGCGCGCGACGGCGCUCGCGGACGAGUUGCUCGAGUCCGCGCGUGAGCUCGCGAUCGCGACGCGCGACGCGCUCCCGCUCGCGGCGCCCGGGCCCGCGUCGGGGAAGGGGACGGGGAAGGGCGAGGCGCCGCCCGCGGCCGCGCCCGUCGCGGCCAAGUCGGCGGACGAUCUCACCCCCGCGUUUUGCGCCGUCGCCUCCAACCCGGCGCGCGCGGCGGAGCUUCGAAACCUGCUCGAACGCGUCGCGUCGGACGCGCGGUUCAAGCCGCUGCCGCUCGGGCUCGCGCGCGCGAGCGCGCUCGAGGACGCGGCGAACCAGUUCGUCCUCGACGUCCUCGCGUCGAAGGUGAGGAACGAGCUUCGCGGGAUGCGCGGCCGCGCGGAGUGGGGCGAGACGAGGGCGUCCGGCGGGUUAAACCUUCCGACGUUUUCCGCGUAUCCGCAGGAGUACAUGACGAACGCGGGGGAGUACCUCCUGUCGCUGCCGACGACGCUCGACGCGAUCGCGGGCGCGGGCGCGGUCGCGGGCGCGGCCGGUCCCGGCGGCGCGGACGACGUCCCCGAGCUCGACGCCGGGGAGUGGAUGGCGAAAGUCGCGGCCGCGGCCGCGUCGCUGCUGCUGACGGAGGUGAGAGGGAUCUCCGCGUUGACCGACCUCGGCGCGGCGCAGCUCGCCGCGGAUUUGGACUACUUCGUGAACGUCAUCGCCGCGCUGUCGCUGGACGACGUCCCGGACGCGAAGAAACUUCGGUGCUUCGCGACGUGCUGCGCCGCGGCGAGGGACGCGUACGUGAUGUCCACGCGCGACGGUGACGCCGUGGACGAGGAUAUCGUCAAGAUCGUCGCGGCGGCGCGCGGGAUAAAGCUCGGGGGCGGCGGCGGCGCGAACAGAGGCGCGAACGGAGGAGCAGGAACGAUGUAG